CCCACAACCACCUGUACUGAACCUGUCUUUGUCUUCGCUUCGUGAAAUCCAUCCAUCCAUCGUCCCUUCCCUCCCUCGUGGAUAUCGCCCCCCCUCUACCUUCAUUUUUAACACUCUCUUCCUCUAAUUCACCGCCCCCAAUUCCAUUACAAAAAUCCAUCAUUUUCCUUUCAUUUCUCAUUUCUCCCCCAAAUCCCUCUCCUUUUUCCUCCUAAAAUCAUGGCCUCAUUCACUGUGAAUUGCCCAAACACAACCACAUCAGCUGCUUUACUAGCAGCAGCAGCAGCUCACUCAAACCCUAACCCCAAACCUCCUCGCUCAUCCGUUGCGCUCUUUCAGUCUGAUUUCAAAUCCAACCGCUCUCUCAUUUCCUCUUCUCAAUCAUCUAAGAGGAACCAGAAUGACAUCAUGAGAGUGUCUGCUCAGCUUAAAGAUGUUGCCUUAGAUAAAUCAUCAAAUUCUGUACCAGCUUCUGAGAAGUCAGAGGAAUCAACUAAGACCGCGGUCCCCGAUGCGGCAUCAAUCACUGCAUUUAUGAAUCAAGUGGCAGGGCUUGUUCAACUUGUGGAUUCAAGAGACAUUAUGGAGCUAGAGCUAAAGCAACAGGGCUGCGAGGUUCUUAUAAGAAAGAAGGAAGCCUUGCCUCAACCCCCAGCUGCACCUAUGGUUAUGAUGCAAUCGCAACCCCACACUAUGUAUCAAUCCCCACCACCUCCACAACAGUUUGCUCCCGCUUCUUCAGGACCAGCUCCUUCUGCAUCCGCACCAGCACCACCCGCACCUGCACCUGCGAAACCCAAGUCUUCUUUUCCUCCAAUGAAAUGCCCCAUGGCUGGAACAUUCUAUCGGUCUCCAGCACCAGGAGCUCCCUCAUUUGUAAAGGUCGGAGACAAGGUCACGAAAGGCCAGGUUGUUUGCAUUAUUGAGGCAAUGAAGUUGAUGAAUGAGAUUGAGGCUGAUCAAUCUGGAACAAUAGUCGAUAUUCUUGCCGAGGAUGGGAAACCCGUUAGCUUGGAUACGCCACUACUUGUUAUCGAACCAUGAUGAGGAACAUGAAGUGAUCUAUUGAGGAUUAUAUAUGUCAAGAUACAAGGAAGUUUGAGCUUUAGACUUUUGUUUGUUGUUUAGUGUCUAUUUUGGGGGUUGGUGUUAUUGUAAUUUGAUUUUUCUUCACCUUUUAUAACUAAAACAUUUAUCUAUUUUGAUUGUGUAUUUGAGACCCCUUUGUAUAAUUGAUCACAAUAAUCUAAUUAAAAUCUUGUUGGGAUGCUA